GGCCCUGCGGACCCACCACCGAUCCACCGACGGAUUGCCGAUCUGCCCAGCUCUCGCGUGCACCAUGUCUGGUUCCUCCAGCGUCGCUGCUAUGAAGAAAGUGGUUCAACAGCUCCGGCUGGAGGCCGGGCUCAACCGCGUGAAGGUUUCCCAGACAGCUGCAGAUUUGAAACAAUUCUGUCUGCAGAAUGCUCAACAUGACCCCCUGCUGACCGGAGUAUCUUCAAGUACAAAUCCCUUCAGACCUCAGAAAGUCUGUUCCUUUUUGUAGUAAACUGAAUCUUUGCAAGGUUUUUAAACCACUUUUCAUAAACCGGUGAAUAUUCAAAGGAAAGCUAAAUCUGAAGCCUGUACAAAAGCCUGUCUCUAUAACACGUGCCAUACUAUAAAGACUUCUACUUUUGUCAGUCUACCUCUCUGAAUAUUCAUGAAUUUCUGUUUCACAAGGGUAAUUAUUUUAUAUACACU